AUGUAUCGACGUGCCUUGCUCUUUUCUGCGCUCUGGAGCGCAGCCCGCGCUCAACAAGUCGGAACUCAGACUGCAGAAACCCACCCUGCCCUGACCUGGCAGAAGUGUACGGCUGCUGGCAGCUGCACUAAUCAGAGUGCUUCAGUGGUCAUUGAUUCCAACUGGCGUUGGGUUCAUUCCGUGGACGGCACGACCAACUGCUACACUGGCAACACCUGGGAUUCCUCUUUGUGCCCCGAUGACGAGACCUGUGCUACGAACUGUGCCCUUGAUGGCGCCGAUUACGAGUCCACUUAUGGUGUUACCACCAGCGGGGACGCGUUGACGCUCAAGUUCGUCACUGGAUCCAACGUCGGCUCCCGUCUCUACCUCAUGGACACCAGCGAUGAGAAAUACCAGACAUUCGACCUUUUGGACGCCGAAUUCACCUUCGAUGUGGACGUCUCUAACCUCCCUUGCGGACUCAACGGGGCCUUGUACUUCACUGCAAUGGAUGCCGACGGCGGAGUCUCCCGCUUCCCGGCUAACAAGGCCGGUGCCAAGUACGGAACUGGGUACUGCGACUCGCAAUGCCCGCGGGAUCUGAAGUUCAUCAACGGACAGGCAAACGUGGACGGCUGGACCCCCUCGACCAGCAACUCCAACUCCGGCGUUGGCAACCACGGCUCCUGCUGCCCGGAGAUGGACAUCUGGGAAGCGAAUAAAAUCUCGACAGCGUACACCCCGCACCCUUGCGACUCGACCACUCAGGUCAUGUGCGAAGGCGACGACUGCGGUGGUACCUACUCUUCCACCCGCUAUGCAGGCACCUGCGACCCGGACGGCUGCGACUUCAACACCUACCGUAUGGGCAAUACCACCUUUUUCGGCCCCGGCAAGACAGUCGACUCCAGCUCGAAGAUGACGGUCGUGACCCAGUUCAUCAAGGGCAGCGCCGGCUCCCUGUCCGAGAUCCGCCGCUUCUACGUGCAGGACGGCAAUGUCAUUGCCAACGCCGCCUCCGAUGUCUCCGGCGUCUCCGGUAACUCGAUCACCUCGGACUUCUGCACAGCCCAGAAGAAGGCCUUUGGUGAUGAAGACAUCUUCGCGCAGCACGGCGGACUCUCCGGGAUGGGCGACGCCCUCUCGUCCAUGGUCCUGAUCAUGAGUCUGUGGGAUGACACCUACUCCAGCAUGAACUGGUUGGACAGCCACUACCCUACCAACGCGACCGAGACCGACCCCGGUGUUGCCCGCGGCACUUGCAAUACCGAGGAGGGACUCCCCAAGACUGUUGAAGGGGCGCACCCCGAUGCGUCUGUCACCUUCUCGAACAUCAAGUUCGGCCCGAUCAACUCGACCUUCAGCGCAUAAAUUGGUAGGAAAAUGACUCGGAAUCAAGUGGCUACUUACAAGCACAGCAGAGGCAGGCU